AAGUGCAUGAUAUUAUUUCUUCUGAACCAACUUUCUAAGGGAGGCAAAAUUAUUUCAUUUGGAAUGAUCUAGCUGCAAGUUUGACCCUUCACCGCAAAAACUAAACUCUCUUUAAGUAGAUGGUACUAAUAUUUCUUUUUGACACAAAAGCCACUCAGCCUUUGUCCACCACAAGAGCAAGUGCCACAGAAUUCAAACCUAUUUAGCUUCUCUCUCUCUUUUUUUGACUCUGCAACCAAUCCUCUGAAAAUUUCCUUUUCUCCUCAGUAUGUCAGUGUUCCCACAUCGCAUUUGAAUCUUUGUCCUCUUUCCACACGCCUUAGAUAUUUUUUUUUCUCCUUCUUUCCUUUCAUUAAUUGUACCAAGAAAACAAAAAACAAAAAAAAAAACAUGGCCAUUGAUAUGAUCUCUGAAGCUCCAAGCUUAACCACAAGUCCAAGAAUCUCUUUUUCCCAUAAUCUUUGCCACAAAAAUUCCAAUAUUCAAGACUACCAACAAGUCCAAGAAUCACUUUCUUCAAGUCCUGAAUUCGAUUUUUGUAUUAGCAAUAGUACUGAUACAGAAACUUCUUCAGCAGAUGAACUCUUUUCAGAUGGACUAAUUCGUCCAAUUCAACUUCAAGAAAAGUUUGUUACUUCUUCUAAACAAGUCCCUUUAUCAAAAAAGACUCAAACUUUAGUCAAUUCUGUUCCACCCCAUCCCCAAAAAGAUCAAAAUUCAAAGCAAGAGAUCAAAAAGAAUCCUAAUUCUAAUUCUUUUUGGGGUAUCAAGAGAAGUAGUAGUGUUCAUUGUGUUAAUACACACAAAAAAAGCAGCUCAUUUUGGUCAUUACCUUUAUUAUCUCGCAGUAAUUCUACUGGUUCGGUACCUAAUAAUUCAAAGCAGAAACAGAGUACUAUGCAAUUGAAGCAAAUCAAGAAUUCAUCAGCACCUGCUAGUUUUUAUACAUUUCCAUCAUCUCAAAAGCCACCAUUGAGAAAGAAUUAUGGAGCAACAGGACCUAAUUAUGGUAAUGGUAUUCGAAUUAGUCCAGUUCUUAAUGUUGCAUCACAAAAUCUCUUUGGAUUAGGUUCUCUGUUUCGUAAUGGGAAACAUAAGAAGAGUAAGAAGUGAUUUUGUGUGUACCAAUUAGUAGUAAUUACUAUAUGAAAUGCAUCACAGUUUGUUAUAGAUUCAAGAUUUUUUGAUUUUUUUUUUUUUUUUGGAGUUAUUCAAGAGAAGGAAAGAAAUGUAUUUUGAAUAUUUGCAGAAUUGGGCACUAUUUUGUCUCGUUUGACCAUCAUGAUAACAACAAAUAUCCAUAAUAAUAAGUUUAAGCA